ACUACUCUUCAGACCUUUUCGUUCCCACCCUAUGUCAUUUCCGCUCGGUCAACGGACCGCAGGGACAGGAUGGCGACAGCAGCUCUAAAGAGAUUCUGGUCCCGUGGGCGCAGCGAAGUGGGAGGAGAGGCGAGCGGUGCUGUGGCGGUGGCGGCAAAGCCAGGGGUUUGGGCGCGACUGGGCACCUGGGCCCGCGCGCUGCUUCGGGAUUACGCCGAGGCGUGCAGAGACGCGGCGGCUGCGGCGCGAGCUCGACCGGGCCGUGCGGCGGUGUAUGUGGGGAUGCUGGGCGGUGCCGCGGCGUGCUGCGCGCUGGCGCCCAGCGAGGCGGCCUUCGAGGAGACCUUGCUCGACGCCUCGGGGUCUCUUUUGCUGCUGGCGCCGGCCACGCGCAACCGCCACUCGGAAGCGUUCUUGCAGCGCCUGCUGUGGCUGAGGGGCCGCGGGCGGCUGCGCCACGUGAACCUGGGCUUCUUCUCGCUGGUUUACGAGGCGCCCUUCGACGCCCAGGCCAGCCUUUACCAGGCCCGCUGCCGCUACCUGCAGCCACGCUGGGUCGACUUCCCCGGACGGGUCCUUGAUGUGGGGUUCGUGGGCCGCUGGUGGAUCCUCGAGAGCCGCAUGCGUGAUUGCGACAUCAACGACGACGAGUUCCUCCACCUGCCUGCUCACCUCCGUGUCGUCGCGCCCCACCAGCUGCACUCCGAGGCCAAUGAGCGGCUGUUCCAGGAGAAGUACAAGCCGGUUGUGCUCACCGACGAUCAGGUGGACCAGGCGCUGUGGGAGGAGCAGGUGCUGCAGAAGGAGAAAAAGGAUAGGCUGGUGUUGAGCGAGGCCGAUUCGCUGGUGCAGUCCGAGGUGUCCAGAUGAAACCCAAGGAGCUCCCGGGCGUCCCGGCUCAAACAAACUGAUGGUGCAGUUGGUG